UGUUGUAAAGGGGUGGGGGUGUAAACCUAAAACCGGUCUCUCCAUCAGGAAACCCAGAGAAUAACCUUGAUCCUGGUCUCAGAACAACACGGAAGCCUGUCGACCAGCAACAUCACGUUUCAUCAUGCUAGCCAUGUCCGAGUCUGCGCCUGGUGACAGCUAUGAGGAGUGCCGAGCCACAGCAGAUUGGCUGCUGUCAACUACACAGGUGCGGCCAACUGUGGGAAUCGUGUGCGGUUCAGGUCUUGGAGGACUGGCUGAGAUGCUCAAGGACCCUCAAGUCAUCAAAUACAGUGACAUUCCCAAUUUCCCACGAAGCACAGUGCACGGUCAUGCAGGCCGGCUGGUGUUUGGAACACUAAAAGGGAAGCCGUGUGUUUGCAUGCAGGGCAGGUUCCACCUAUAUGAGGGCUACCCAGUCCAGAAGAUCACGCUGCCCAUGCGUGUCUUCAAGCUGAUGGGUGUGGAGACGAUGAUCCUGACCAAUGCAGCCGGAGGCCUCAAUCAGGACUACAAGGUGGGAGACGUCAUGAUCAUCAAGGACCACAUCAACAUGCCUGGGUUUGCUGGAGUCAACCCACUGAAAGGGCCCAACGAUGAGAGGUUUGGUGUCCGUUUCCCCUGUAUGUCUGACGCCUAUGACCGCGAGCUGAGACAGCUGGCACAUGAUGUAGCUGCAGAGCUAGGCUUCAGUGACUUCCUGAGGGAGGGGGUGUACGUCGUCCUGGGAGGGCCUUCCUUUGAAACCAUCGCUGAGUGUCGCAUGCUGCACAUGUUGGGAGCUGAUGCUGUUGGGAUGAGCACCGUCCACGAGGUCAUCAUCGCCCGGCACGCCGGGAUGCGCUGCUUCGCCCUGUCGCUCAUCAGCAACCGCUCAGUGAUGGACUACGACAGUCAGGAGAAGGCCAACCACGAGGAAGUCCUGGAGACCGGCAGGGUGAGGGCCGAGCAGCUGGAGAAGCUGGUGUCCAACAUGGUGGCUCGUCUGGAGCAGAACAACAACUCGUACUGAACGUUUGACCCACGCUGAGGCCAGCCGUCCUUCCUGCUGCUCAAACUUCGGCCUGCUUACUAGAGCUGACUGUUACUCCAAGUCUUAAAACCAAGAAAAAUGAUCAAUUUUUUUACACUCCUCUUUCAGCAUGUUUACAUUCUCUGUUACAAAAAAUGCUAUGUUAGUGAAGUAGCUCUGACAAAUCCCUGCUGUUAGAAAAUGCACUAGAUUCAGCUGAGUAGUAUUUGAAAGAGCUUCAUAUUUUAACUUCUAACUUAAGAGCUUUUAACUUAAAGAAAUAUAUUUAUUGUUUCAGUUAUUUUACAUUCCAAGUACCAUUAACAACCAAUAGAGACACAGUAAGAUUGAUUUAAGGUUGACUUUAUCACUAACAUAUACAUAACCCACCACACCCUGCCUGUGAGAUCAUUCCUUUAGGUGAAAAUAGUUACUCUUCAUGUCAAAAAUAUGUUGAAAUGUACUAUUAUAUUUAUACCAAAUGUAUUUAAGUAGUGUUUUUAUUUUCUUUGAUAUUAUUCAAAGUGUUUAAAGGACUGAAUUGAAGAAAGGGAUUAUAUAUCCUGCAUGAGAUGAAGGCAGAGGUCAGAUCUCCUUCAUUGUCCCAUCACUGUGUGAGCAGACUGGCUGUCUGCUUUAAAGGUACUCUACUCAUAACUGUACAAACUUUGGACCUACUUUUACAAUAAAAUGACUCAACAGGAAACGUCUGGUUUAAAGUGUUACCGUAAAAAGUGAA